GUUUGUGUGAUGGAACGAGCCUUUCCGGGUACUGGAGCAGAAACUGGAAUAACCAUUGGUACAACACAAGUGGUGACGUUGUAUACACCACCACUGCCUGCAAAGUGUUUGACUGUACUUCUAUCUGUCUGGAGGAUACCGAUUGUCUGAUGUUUGGCUAUAGUAAUGUCACUGGUACCUGUCAUGGAUUCCGGUUCCUAGAAUACAGCACGGUGUCCAUUCUCGACGAGUCAGAGGUCAUUUACAAACACAUAGAAAGUUGUAUUCGGGCGGGUUACGUUCUACUAAAGGAUAGAGCACUUUGUUUGAAAAAACAUGACAGCUCUCUGACGUGGGACGAAGCGCAGGAGCAAUGUGAAAAUGAAUAUGGCCGACUUCCCGUUAUUGACAGUCUUCAAAAAUAUGAGGCGUUUGUCAAUUACAUAGACAGUAUUUCUGACGGAAUGGUAUGGUUAGGUGUCAACGACAAAGUCGAAGAAGGAACAUGGGUAUGGCUGGACGGGACCACUCUAGACACUUCCUACUGGUCGUAUGUGCAGCUAAAUGACUACAGCAGCGGGUAUACACCAAACAAAUUCACAGCCGAAUGUGCUCGGACAAAUGAUGGGGGUAUCGUUGAUGAUCAUUGUUUAUUAACAUUCACUUAUUUGUGCGAGAGACCCGACCUUGUUUAA